CAUGCGCAAAGAAUCAACGAGGGGGUCACCGGAGCGGAGGGAAUCGAAGAUUGACGCCGGCAGCCAAAGUUGGAGAAGACAAUGUCGAUCUCCCUCCUUGAUGCUCCAAUCUUCUCGGUUCUUGAGGGGUUUUAAAGAGGACCUCAAGGAGGAGCUGAUGGCGCGGUGGCUUGCUCCAGGAUGGAUGAGGAACCGGACAUCGACGCUGCCGAAGCGGCGGCACUUCAGAGCGUGCUCCAGCAUGACGAUGGCACGGCGGUGUUCCCGUUGCUACAAUGGAUCAAACGCGAUGGCGUCAAAAGAAAGUUUGUUCGGCAAGAUGAGUUAAGUAUGGAACGCAAAAGGGACAAGGACGACCGUGGCUUGGUGGUGAAUAUGAUCAUCGUCUUCAUCUCGUCCGGCGAUGGGAUUGAGACCAAAGAGGCAGCCCAUGCUUGUUCUCUCGAUGUGGUCAGCAGUAGGGUGGAGAGUGAGAUGGGGCGACGGAGUUGGGAGAAGACCAUAGCUGCCGCCACUGCCGCCACUCAAUACGCCGGCGAGGCCAUGGUGUUUUGUCCCCUGCUCGCCGCGCUCACGAGGAAGGGCAAUUUCAUCUCAUCAUCCGGUGGAGGAGAGAAAAUGAUUUCGAAAAUGCACAAAAUGGCCAAAAUGACAAAGUGGUGGUGAGUGCGUAUUUCAUAUUGGCAUUUUAGCGAAACGCAUUUUCAGAAUAGUAUUAUAGCAAAACCGUGUUUUAAAAGUGGCUAAAUGCCCAUUUUCUCUCCCUCGUCCCCGCGCGUCGGAGAUUGCUUGCCCCCGGGACACGUGCCGUUCGAGGGCGCAUCGACAAGCCAGGCAGGAAGGUCGCACCAGCGCGACGGCCCCGAGCGGCCGCCGGCGGCCGGAGCGGCCCUGCUCCCUCCCGCCGCCGAUUGCGGCUUCCUGGAAAAAAAAAUGUACGGCCAAGCCUCAGCCCUCAGAAAGCUGCAGAUGUUGAUUUUUCAAUAUAUUUUUUUAGAAAGGGAAAUGCUUUGGGUUGACCUGAUGGUUGACUAGUCGGCUCCCCCCAACCACCACGUGCGCCCUACUUCUUUGUCCGCCCACUCUUUCUCCCGUCAUCAGAUCUGCCUGGUUCUCUUCUUCAAGAACACGGUUUCUUCAAUCCUGGCGAACCGACUGUCCGUGAAGUACUAAGCUACAGCUACAGGCACAAUAUAACAACAUAUUCUGUGCCACUCAUAUGGGAGACUGGUAUGAGAAACUUUCACAAUCUUUUAGGGAUACUGCAAAUGAAGUAUUGGCAAAAGCAGAUAUUGAUCCAAAUGUUAGGUGCUUCACAAGAAGGCAGAUGAAGCACAUCACAAACAACUACGGCACUGUCCUGGGAAAAGGAGGUUUUUCUGUGGUGUACAAGGGAAAACUUGAUAAUGGCCGUUCAGUGGCAGUGAAACAAUAUAAUUGGAGAACACAGGAAAAGGAGUUCACAAAAGAAGCGAUCAUACAGUCCCAGUGUAGCCAUAGGAACAUUGUUAGGUUAUUGGGUUGUUGUGUGGAGGCAGAUGCUCCAAUGCUGGUCACUGAGUUUGUCCCCAAUGGGAACCUUUCUGAACUUCUGCAUGGGAAGAGUGGCCAGCUUCCUGUCUCAUUAGAGACACGCUUCCAGAUUGCAUUGGAUGUAGCAGAAGCACUUGUAUAUAUGCAUUGCUCCCAAAAUCAUCCAAUCCUUCAUGGAGACAUCAAACCAUCAAACAUACUUCUAGGUGACAAGCAUGUGGCGAAGCUAUGUGACUUUGGAAUAUCUAGGCUUCUCUGUAUGGACAAUGAUGAACACACGGGCUUUGUUAUAGGAAGUAAAGGAUACAUGGAUCCAGUGUACUGUGAGACUGGACGACUAAGCCCAAAAUGUGAUGUCUACAGUUUUGGGGUUGUUCUUUUGGAGCUCAUCACCAGAAAGAAAGGGAUUGAUGACCAGAGCAGAAAUCUAGCGGGAAUGUUUGCUCGCUCAAGUAGAGAUAAAAGACAUGAACUAUUUGACAAGGAAAUUGCAGCCGAUGAGAAUAUAGACUUUAUAGAGGAAAUUGCAAAUCUUGCACUUGAUUGUUUAAAGUCUGAAAUAGAAGAUCGGCCGCAAAUGAAAGAAGUUUUGAAACAGCUUUGGAGUAUCAAAAGGUCAGAGAUAUUGAGACAGGAGAGAAGGCUUGCAGAGUUGAGAGAGAGAAGGAUCAUGACAUUAAGGGAAAUAAAGGUCAUGUUGCGUGGAUCUGGCUUUGAAAGAUUUGUUACAAAAGCGACAUAGAUUCCAUCAUAGGUGACCCAGAACAGGAAUCAACCUCAGAGACAUUUUCAGGAAAAAGUGAUGUUGCCAUGGGCAAGGUUUACAUGGGACGUUUGAAAAACACUCCAUUGAUUGUGAUAAAGAUGUCUGUGGAAGUUGAUGAGGAUUGGAAACAGACAUUUUUUUAUGAGAUGAUCAUGCAAUCUAGAAUUAAGCAUUGGAAUGUUGCCAAGCUUUUCGGCUGCUGCCUAGAUCAUGUCGAUGCCCCAGUAUUAGUCUAUGAGUAUGGUGAGAUGGGCUUGCAUGACGCUCUUUUUGGUAAGGCGUGGCAGAGUAUUGAACAUCCUUUCACUUCCUAUGUACGUCUACAAAUUGCUACUGAUGCUGCAGAAGGCCUUGCUCACCUUCACUCAUUUGACAUGGUUCAUGGCGAUGUCAGAACUGCCAAUGUAAUAGUGGAUGUUUUUUCUGGAUCUAAGCUCGAAAUGCCUAGAACUAGUACAUUUCCGGCAAAGAUUGCUGGUUUUGGAACAACAAAGCUCCUUUCCUUGGACAAGGCUCAGUAUGCAAGAUUUCUAACAGAGAACAUACAUUACAAGGAUCCACACUUCCUAAUAACUGGGCUCAUGACUAAGGAACACGAUGUGUAUGGUUUUGGAGGGGUUCUUGUGGAGCUCUUCACAGGAAACAAGAUUCAAAUGCACGACAUAAAUACGGUAAUUAAAUAUUUUGAUAGCGUAUUUGCUAUAUGCCAUCAUCUCGAGGAAAUUAAGGAACUAGCUUCGUGGUGUGUUGCACCCGAGGUUACAGAAAGGCCAACCAUGGCCAAGGUAGUACGAUGCCUCCACGAUAUCUUGAAAGAUCAGCGACGGCCUUGCCCUUGCCCCUGCAAGUCAAUGCAUUAGGCCCUUUGUUUCGGCUUAGGCUUUAGAACAGCCAAAUUAAUAAUGAGAUAAAACAAACAAAAAGGACCUUAGUUUGCAAUGUAAUUUCAGGCUGACAAGUGGCUCAUAACUCCAGAAUUGUGAUAUCGGAAGUCACUCCAAGUUGCCAGUAACUGUGACUUAAAUGUUACAGUAUAUUAUAUGUUUGCCAGUCAACUUAGACAGUGAUAAUAUUGUUGCUGCGGUUUUCUACUACGAUUCGCGCAAGUCUUGGAGGCACAGUUCGAAUGCACUAUGAUACUAAUAUAAAAGCUGUUCGAAGUGCUUUGGACGAUAA